GUGGAGUCAAGAGAAGGCCAGGGGAGCAAACAUCAGCUUCCUCUUGUCUGGCAAUGAGCCUCCCUCGCCUCCCCUGGCCAGGUUUGCUUCUCUGGCCCCAAAGAGAAAGCCAGCAAGAGGGAGGGCAGGUAGAGCAGCCAAUCAGAGCCCAAGAAAGGCACAAAACCAGUCGGUGGCUCCGGGUGGCCGCCUAGUGAGGGCAAGGUAGCCACAAAGCGGGUAGCCAUGGCUGAACUACAACAGCUCCUGGAGUUUGAGAUCCCCACAGGCCGUGAGGCCCUCCGAAGCAACCACAGCAGCCUCCUCAGAGUUGCUGACUACUGUGAAAGCAACUAUGUUCAGGCCACAGAAAAGAGGAAAGCCCUGGAGGAAACCAUGGCCUUUACCACUCAGGCCUUGGCCAGUGUGGCCUACCAGGUCAGCAACCUGGCUGGCCAUCUGCUGAGGAUGCUGGAUCUCCAGGACAGCGAACUGAGGCAGGUGGAGGCCAGUGUGAGCACACUGGACCAGAUGGUGAACAUGCACAUGGAGAAGGUUGGCCGAAGGGAGAUUGGAACACUGGCCGUGUUCCAGCGGCUGCCAACGAACCAGAAGAUCAUCCCCCCUGAGAACCUGCCUGUGAUGGAGCCCUACUAUAGGAAACCUCUCAAUUUUGCCUGCCUGGACGAUGUUGGGCAUGGGAUCAAGGAUCUGAGCACCCAGCUGUCCAGAACUGGGACGCUCUCCCGAAAGAGCAUCAAGGCUACAGUCGCCCCUCCCUCAGGAACACUGGGUCGGGUCCCCAGAGUCCCUGAACCUGUACACCUCCCAGUCAUUCCUGAUGACAAAGUCUCUGCAGCCUCCUCUCUGACCUCCACUGGCACUGAAAGCAUCUGUGGGUUCCCUGUGGCCAACAUGCCAGUGAUGCCCCAAGCCCCACCACUCCCUGACUCCAUGUCCCCAAGCACUGAAGCACUGGAGAAAUCUCUUCCUGAGGAGCUGUUCACACCCCCACCAGCACCAGAUCUGCCCCCACCCCUAGACCUGCCCCCACCCUUGGAGACUGAUGAACUGAUGCUGCCCCCUCCACCACCCCCUGACUUUGACCUAGAAGAACCAACCUGGGCACCUGCUCAAUACUUGGAGAAAGUGGUGACGCUGUACCCUUACACCUGCCAGAAAGACAACGAGCUCUCUUUUGAUGUGGGCACCACCAUCUGUGUCACCCGCCGCUACUCUGAUGGCUGGUGCGAGGGUGUCACCUCAGAGGGUUCGGGCUUCUUCCCUGGAAACUACGUGGAACCAAGCUGCUAAGAGCCUGUCCUUCAUGCCAGCUGGGAAUUCUGGUACCGAAAAGGGGACAAAGUGAUGCCAUUUUAUCUACCUUUCCCUUGUACCCAGGGCUUACCCUUUUCCCAAUAUUCCCAGUAACUUCAGCCCUUCAGGCAAGCUUUAUACUGUGCCUGGAGACAAAAUUGGGGCAAAUAAAAGGAAAGAGAAACUCAUUAAGUUAGACAAAAACAGAAAUUGGGUAUCAGCUCCAAAAGAUCCCAAGUAAGAUUAACUCUUUGUCUUGCUGGCUGCGGUAGAAUUGUCUGGGGUGGGGGGGUUAGGGAGAUGGAGAGGCAAAAACAAGGGAUGCUGCCAGCAGAAGUUUUUGUUGGUGGGUGAGAAUUAUAGUCUAAAAUUUGGUGAUCAUUUCUCCAAGAAUGGAGAUUAUUUCCGGUCCUACUUUCAAUAAAACACUGUUAAAGCUC